AUGCCACCAGGGCUCGUCGUCGUGUCAGCCGUCGGUAAGACGUGUCUGCUCAUCAGCUACACGACCAAUGCCUUUCCUGGAGAGUACAUCCCCACCGUCUUUGACAACUACUCUGCCAAUGUUAUGGUCGAUGGAAAACCCGUGAACCUGGGCUUAUGGGACACAGCUGGACAAGAAGACUACGACCGAUUGCGCCCCCUCUCCUACCCGCAAACAGACGUGUUCUUAAUCUGCUUUUCCUUGGUGAGCCCUGCAUCAUUCGAAAAUGUCCGCGCAAAGUGGUACCCUGAGGUGCGACACCAUUGUCCCAACACUCCCAUCAUCCUCGUGGGGACCAAGCUGGAUCUGAGGGAUGACAAGGACACGAUCGAGAAGCUCAAAGAGAAGAAGCUGACCCCCAUCACCUACCCGCAGGGCUUGGCAAUGGCGAAGGAGAUCGGUGCUGUCAAAUACCUCGAGUGCUCAGCACUCACGCAGCGAGGCCUCAAGACAGUGUUCGACGAAGCCAUCAGAGCCGUCCUGUGCCCGCCCCCCGUCAAGAAGAGGAAGAGAAAAUGCCUACUGCUGUAA